AUGGAAGAACGAGCACGCAUCCCUGUCGCGCUACCCAUCACCACACCACUGCCUUCAUACUGGCACAAUCCCAAGUCACCUCUUGCAAAUGUUAUCGAGCCUGAGGCUGAUAACGGUACGCAAGUCUACGAUUAUGCCAUUAUCGGGUCCGGUAUCUCUGGCACAGCAAUCGCCCACCACAUUCUCAAAACUUGGCCUAAUGCGCGCGUGGUGAUGUUGGAAGCACGUGAGAUCUGCUCAGGCGCGACGGGGCGGAAUGGUGGACACACCAAAGCGGCAAGCUAUCGCAGCUACAUGCAUCAUAUCCAAAAACUUGGCAAAGAGGAGGCACUGAAGAUUGCGAGAUUGGAGUAUGCUAACAUAGUCGAGACGCAUCGCAUGGCGGAAGAUCUGGGUUUGAACUGCGAAAGUAUGUUGUGUAAUACAGUGGAUCUCAUCUACGAUAAACACACCUUCGAAGCGGGAAAGUUAGCAAUCCAGUUGUUGCAAGCCGAUGCAGAAGAGCAUGAGAAGGAAGUAGGCAACACUGCAUGGUAUCAAAUUCACAACAAUAUCAAGGACAUCCAGCGCAAGUUCUCCGUUGCAGCAAGGAACAGAAAUCCAACAGUAUCACCAGAAGAGGAGUUGGCGGGCGCUUUCGAAUAUAUAGCCGGCCGAAUACAUGCAUACCGUUUCGCAACAGGAUUACUAUCAGAGUGCGUCAAGAAAGGAUUGCAAUUAUGCACAAAUACGCCAGUCGACGAUAUCCGCCCGUCGGCAAAACCGAACAACGAUACUGGUACUAAUUGGGACGUUUUCAGCCAACACAACACUAUCAUAGCGAGAAACGUCAUCAUUGCAACCAAUGGUUACACAGCGCAGAUUAUGAAAGAGCUUCAAGGCGCCAUCGUACCGAUGCGCGGACAGAUCACCGCCCAGCGACCAGGAACCUCGACGAAGCUACCGACUCCAUUGCCGACAACCUACUCGUUCAUCUAUCGCGACGGCUAUGAGUACAUGAUUCCUCGGCCAUUACCAGACGGAGGGCAGCACAUCGUUAUUGGCGGUGGUCUGGGUCGCCUCCCUGCAGCUGGCCCCAGUGAGUAUGGAACAGUUGACGAUAGUGCUUUGAACCCAGAUAUUUCCAAAUACCUCUAUGAGAGCUUGACUGGGUAUUUUGGCGCCGAGAACUGGGGUGAAGCAUCUGGAGAAGAGGCAGCGCGCCGUGUGGUACAGGAGUGGACAGGUAUAAUGGGUGCGACGGCAGAUGGACGACCCUUCGUGGGAGAGGUACCGGACAAGAAGGGUAUGUGGAUAUCUGCGGGCUUUAAUGGUCAUGGGAUGGUGCUAUGUUUGAAGUCUGCGGAGGCGUUGGUGGAGAUGAUGGGAGGUGGAGAUACCAAAGGAAAGCCAGAGUGGUUCCCUGAAAGCUUUUUGAUCACAAAAGAUCGGCUAGAGAAGUGUAGGUUCCAAGGUCGUACCGACAUGCAAGUACCUGAAUAG